AUGGGAGAUCCCAUUGCCAUUGUUGGGCUCAGCGCGAGGCUCCCCGGGGACGGCGAUACACCAGAGCGGUUCUACGAGUCGUUGCUCGCCGGGAGGUCAGCCCGGACGGAAGUGCCGCGGGAGAGAUACAAUGCAGAGGCCUUUUGGCAUCCGGAUGCCGACAGGAGCGGCGCCACACGAGUUCGCCAUGGCCACUUUCUCAAGGGCAGCAUAUCGGCAUUUGACGCGCCGUUUUUUUCCAUCACACCCACAGAAGCACGGAGUAUUGAUCCUCAACAGCGAGGAAUGUUGGAGAGUGUAUACAAGGCCAUCGAAAAUGCCGGAAUUCCUCUCGAUACAGUUGCCGGAACCCAGACCGGCGUAUACGUCGGCUGCUUCACGGCCGAUUACAAUGAUCACAUAGCGAAAGACUUGGAUAUCCCGAACAAAUACUCAGCCCUGGGCACAGUAGCAAGUAUGCUCAGCAACAGAGUCUCGUGGUUCUUCGACUUCCGGGGCCCGAGUGUAACAGUAGACACGGCCUGCUCAAGUAGUCUGGUGGCUGUGCACGAAGCAUGCAUGAGUCUCAAGCUUCGUGAGGUCAACAUGGCCGUCGUGGGCGGGUGCAACCUUAUCCUGACUCCCGAGAUGACACUAAAGCUAGACGCGGCGGGCGUUCUGGGUCCGGAGGGCAAGUCAUACAGCUUUGACCACCGGGCCAACGGAUACUCCCGCGGCGAAGGGUUCGGGGCCCUGGUCUUAAAGCGGGUAUCGGAUGCCAUUCGGGACGGGGACGUCAUCCGCGCCGUCAUCCGGAACUCGUCUACGAACCAAGACGGCCGAUCUCCCGGCAUCACGCAGCCGACGAAAGCGGGCCAGGUCGCGCUCAUCAAGCACGUCUACGACCGGGCCAAUUUGGACCCUUCGCUCACGCGGUUCGCCGAGGCCCAUGGCACGGGUACACCCGUGGGCGAUCCCAUCGAGGCGAGUGCCCUUGCCGAGAUCUUUGCACCUCUUCGAUCUGCGGAUGAGCCGUUGUACGUGGGCGCGCUCAAGAGCAAUGUCGGACACCUGGAGGGCGCUGCGGGAGUAGCGGCCGUAAUCAAGGGUGUCUUGACGCUAGAGAGCGGUGUUAUUCCCGGGAACAUCUGGUUUGAGAAGCGCAACCCCAAGAUCCAAGACGCGUGGAAUCUGAGGUUUCCCACAAAACCCACGGCUUGGCCGCAACGUGGCCUGCGUCGCAUGUCCGUGAACUCGUUUGGCGUCGGUGGUAGCAACGCCCACGUGGUGAUGGACGACGCGCUCCAUUUCCUCAAGAGCUUCCGCUUAGUCGGGAACCAUCGCACAGAGACGAUCCCCAAGAUCCCGAGACAACUAGACGCACCUUUGGUGAAUGGGACCGGUCGCGUCAAUGGAUUCCACCGCCCAUCGGAUAGCGGGAUCCAUCUUGACGACUUUGAAAAUGAAGAUGCCCCACGUCUCUUCGUUCUGUCGGCAAACGACCAGGAUGCCGUUUCUCGGUUACGGGACGGGUACAGGGACUAUCUUGCAACGAAAGCGGCCCAGAUCGUCGGAGAAUCCGCCCAGCUGCGGUUUUUGAGGGACCUGAGCUACACACUGGCCUGCAGGCGGACCUGUCACUCUUGGAGGACGUUCAAUAUCGCUAGCUCGCCGGUCCAGUUACAAAAGUCUCUCGAGAGUAACUCUACGACUGCCAUACGAGCAAAGGCCAACCCGCGGCUUGCGUUUGUCUUUACCGGCCAAGGAGCGCAAUGGGCGACGAUGGGCAUGGACCUAUUGGCGUACCGCGCCUUUCAAGAGAGUCUUUUGGCGGCUGAUCGGUAUCUCAAUGAUCUCGGUUGUAAUUGGUCGUUGACGUUCGAACUGUCAAAGUCAAAGACAUCCUCUCGAAUCAACGACCCCGAAUUCUGCCAGCCCAUAUGCACUGCUUUACAAGUUGCCAUGGUGGACCUCCUCUCCACCUGGGACGUCUACCCGCAUGCCAUCACGGGACAUUCAUCCGGCGAGGUGGCCGCAGCCUACGCCGCGGGUGCAAUCUCACGACAGGCGGCCUGGAAAAUCGCCUACUACCGCGGGAAAUUAAGCGCCAAGCUCACGCGCUCUGUUUCUCGACCUAGCACAGGCAUGGCCGCCGUCGGUCUGAGCAAAGCCGCUACGCAGGACGCUAUCGAUCGCGUGAACCAGCAACUUGGCGGCGACGGUACCCUCGAGAUCGCUUGCAUGAACAGCGCGGAUAGCCAUACAGUCAGCGGUGAUGCGGAAAAGAUUGACGCGCUAGUCCAGCUACUUAGUGCCGAGAAGGUGUUUGCGAGGAAGCUCAACGUCGAGAUUGCGUACCACUCUCAGUACAUGAAGGCCAUGGCUGAUGAGUAUCUUGUGGCCAUGGGAGAGCUUCAGCAGGGUACUUUGAGGAGCCCUGUGAAGCCUCGGUUCUACUCUUCGACUAUGGGAGUGCCGAUACUGCCCUCGCAACUUCGACGGCCAGAGUACUGGGUCAAAAACUUGGUAUCACCUGUCCGGUUUACCGAAUCUGUCACUGAGAUGCUCAAGGGUUCCGAAACACCCAAGGUCAAUGGACAUGUUAACGGAAAUGUCAAUGGUCUCGUCAACGGGAACGUCAACGGACAUGUCAAUGGUGUUAUGAAUGGAGACAUCGACGAAGAACCUGCAUUCGAGCCUAUCACGGACUUCCUGGAGAUUGGCCCUCACAGUGCCCUUAAGGGACCGCUCUUCAGUACCGUCAAACAAGUUCGCGGCAAUGCAAAGGUUGACUAUCACUCUAUUCUCAUCCGACAGAAGCCGGGUGUCGAGACCGCCCUGAGAUCUGUCGGAACUCUCUUCUGCCACGGCUACAACGUCAACCUGGCACAGGUCAACGACGCAGACGAGCCUCACGGGCCCAGGCCACUCAUGCUCACCAAUCUUCCGUCCUAUCCCUUUGAUCACUCAAAAGAGUACUGGGUACAGAGCACGCUGAGCGACGACUUCCGUAAGAGACCUGUGGGCCGACACGAGCUGCUCGGAGCUCCCAUGCCGGGUUUCAAUGAGAACAACGCAGUGUGGCGCAAUUACAUCCGGCUUUCAGAGAAUCCUUGGAUCGAAGAUCACAAGGUAUCUGGGGACAUAUUGUAUCCUGCAGCCGGGAUGCUCAUCAUGGCUAUCGAGGCGAGCCGGCAGAUCGCCGACAAGGGCAAGGUCUUGAAGGCGUUCAGACUGAGAGACGUGUCAUUUAAGCUGGCCUUGCGAGUUCCCGAUGACACCAAUGGUGUGGAGUCCCAAUUCUACCUUCGCCAGCACCGGGAGAACAGCCUUUCCACCCUUUCAACAUGGCGAGAGUUCCAGCUCUGGACCAUGCAAGAUGGCACGUGGAGGGAGCAUUGUCACGGUUUCGUGCAGACGGAGUACGAGUCAGAGGAUCAACUCGCACCCAGGGCGCUCGAGGAGAGCGUUGAUGACACCUGCGUGACGGAAGUGUCUGUCGACAAGUUAUACCGCAACUUCGCAGACUCCGGAUUGAACUUUGGCCCAACCUUCCAGACGCUGAGCGGCGUGCGCCUUAGCCAGGACCUCAAAAUGACAGCAACGCUUCGUCCCCCAGUGGAUAAGAUCAAGAAGUCGAUGCCGCACCAGUAUGUACAGCCGCACUUGGUGCACCCGGCUACCCUCGACGGCCUCGUGCAUGCCAACCUCGCCGCCCUGGUCUCGAGCUCCGAGUACGCUGGAGCGACCAGAGUGCCGACGUACCUGGCUGAUGGUUGGAUCUCGGCGCAAUCGAGCCUGUCUCACAACUCCUACAAUGUUUCCGCGGAGUCUCGAGUCAAGGGGCGCAGCGAGGUGGUCUCGGACGUGAAGGCCACGCACCUCGAACUGGGCCAGGAUAUGGUGCAGAUGUCGGGUAUCGUCUUCAAGACUAUCUCGAGUGAUUCGUCAAAGGAGACCUCUGAGGCGGUGGUUCAUCCGGCUUUCAAUAUAUCUUGGAAACCUGAUCCGAGUUUCUUGACGAAGCAGCAGAAUUCACAAUUGUUCCAGCUGCCGCUGACACAGGAGGAUGAUCCUUCUACCUGGAUGCUGGACUGCGAGGCGCUCUGCCUGGCUUACAUGCGUCGUUGCACAGAAUCUCUUACCCAGGAGUCCAUUGGCAAGAUGACUUGGUACCACCAACGAUAUGUCAAGUGGUUCCAACACGUCGCCCGCCAGCACUCAGAAGGUCCCGUAAGCGAGAGCAUCGAGGUGCUCGAGGCCAAGGUCCUCGCCGGCAGCGCUUCAGAAGGCAAGCUCAUCAUCGCCGUCGGCCAAGCCCUAUCAGGUAUCCUCACUGGAGAACGCGACCCCUUGGACGUCAUCUUCAAAGACAAGCUCGCAGAGGAUGUCUACAGCCACGGCCUCGGCUCCAAGAGAUGCUAUGCCCAGCUAUGCAGUUACCUCAACAUCCUGGCGCACAAGAACCCCAACAUGGAAAUCCUCGAGAUCGGCGCCGGAACAGGCGGCGCCACGCGUCCCGCAGUGGCGACGUUGACACAGGACAGCAGUCGUCGGUACGGACACUACGACUUCACCGACAUCUCGCCCUCGUUCUUUGAGCAGGCCAAGGAGAACUUCAAGGACGAGGUUGGGCGGAUGGGAUUCCGAGUCCUUAAUGUCGAAAAUGAUCCCCUCAGCCAGGGCUUCGAGGCUGGCAAGUACGAUCUCAUCAUCGCGGCGAACGUCUUGCAUGCCACGAAGAAGAUUGACGACACGCUCGUCAAUGCCAGGAAACUGCUCAAGCCUGGCGGAAAGCUUCUCCUCUUUGAGAUCACCAACACUGAGAUCCUUCUGGGCAGCUUCUGCUUCGGUACGCUGCAUGGGUGGUGGCUUUCGGAGGACAAGGACCGUAUCUGGGGUCCGUUGAUGUCUCCCAACUCAUGGGAUACUCAUCUUCGGGCUUCGGGGUUCAAUGGGCUCGAUGCCGUCUUUGAGGAUUUCGCUUCAUCGCCGCAUCAGAUGAGUUCGAUCCUUGUGUCUAGUAACCUUGCAUCGGAGUCGUCAACUCACUCGGCUUCCUCGCACUAUAUUCUGACGAGUGAGACGCCCGCUCAGCUCGAGUUGGCCGCGAAAAUCUCGCAGGCCAUCGGUCAAGGAGUAGACUGCCGAACUGCCGCCCUCACGUCCGUGGCUGACAAGGAUCUGACCUCUGCCACCUGUGUGGUACUCUCCGAGCUGGAUCAUUCUGCUUUGAAGGAUAUGAACGAUGAGAUCUUCAAUAGCUUCAAGCGAGUACUCACUCAAAGCAAGAACAUUCUUUGGGUGACCCGAGGCGGCACCUCAACUGCACCCAACCCUGAUUCAGAACUGGUGACUGGACUGGCUAGGGUGGUUCGCUCAGAGAGACCAGACGUCAACUUCCUCACUCUCUCAUUCGAACAAGACGCCACCGAAGAGCUCAUUGCCGAAAAGUGCGCCCAAGUUCUGGAGGCAGCACAAGCUAGCGUCGAGAACUCAUUCAGGGUGAUCGACAGUGUGGUACACGUGUCUCGACUCGUUCAGGCAGAGUACAUGACCGACCACAUUCAGAACCAGACUGGCCUCGUGAGCGUCGAGAACAAGCUUCUGAAAGAUGAAACCUCCCGGUCGCUAUCCCUUCAGGUCGGGAACGUUGGUCAACUUGACUCGCUGCGCUUCGAGGAAGACACCCUGACUGAGACAUCUCUGGGAGACCACGAUGUUGAGUUCAAGACCAUGGCUUGUGGAGUGAGCACCAGCGAUGUCUCUUCAGUCCUCGGUAAAGCGGAAGAGUCACCUCUGGGUCUGGAGGCCUCUGGCAUAGUCACGAAGACUGGACCUACUUCCAGGUUCCAGGUUGGGGACAGGGUCUUUGGACUCGCGGUCUCGGGCACCAUCAAAACUCAUGUUCGAUCUACGGACGGCUUGCUCGCGAAGCUGCCUGAUGGAGUGUCUUGGACCGAUGGCGCGGUCCUGCCCGUCGACUACACGACGGCCUACGCCGUUCUCUGCGAGUUUGGCUCGAUCCGUAAGGGGGACUCUGUUAUGGUGCACGGAGGGUGCUCCAGCAUCGGAAAGGCAUUCAUCCAAAUUGCCCAGCUUCAAGGAGCUGAAGUCUACACAACUGUGACGAAUCAGUCAGAGCGAGACGUCCUGGUCAAGGAGUACAGUGUCCCAGAAGACCACGUCUUCAGCAGCCGUGACUUGUCAAUGCGAUCGGCCCAGCAGAAGCUGGUCAAGGAGCGUGGCAUUAACGUUCUCGUCACGGCGAACGACGGACUUGUCGACGGCGUUAUCGACUGCAUUGCACCAUUCGGGCGCAUCGUUCACAUCGGCUCAGGUGCCGGCAUUUCCAACACACGGGUCCCAAGAGGCCGUAACGUCCGUCUUGAGUCCUUUGAUCUUACGUCUUGCCUCGCGUUCGACCUCACUCGCACCGAGACCAUAUUCCAGCACAUGGUCGACAUCGUUUUCGCAAACUGGAAGAAAAUUAGCCGCCCGUCGCCUACCGCGCUCUACAGCUUCUCUCAAGUCGGCGACGCGUUCCGCCGGAUACAGUCCGAAGGUCAGGGUACCGUCAAGAUCGUGCUUGAACCUCGUGAUGACGAUGUGGUACCCGUCGUACCGAGCCGGAAGCCUCUCAGUAGCUUCGAUCCCGAGGCGUCGUAUGUGAUUGCUGGUGGUCUCGGUGGUCUUGGGAGGUCUGUCGCACGAUGGAUGGCCUCUCGAGGGGCAAAGAACCUCAUCCUACUUUCAAGACGUGGCGCCGUGGAGAAAGCUGCGAUUGAGCUGAUUUCCGAGCUCGAAUCUGUAUGCGAUAAUGUGGUCACUCCGGCCUGCGAUGUGACGGAUGCCGGUGCUCUGCAAGGUGUUAUGGCUGAGCUUGCUACGACUCUUCCUCCUAUCAAGGGAUGCAUCCAAGGGUCCAUGGUGCUCCAAGACAACCUUCUCGAAAACAUGUCGCUCGAGAAUUGGAAGGCAGCCGUGCAGCCCAAGGUGCACGCUUCCUGGAACCUGUACAACGCCCUCGGCGAUAAGGCAGACUUCUUCGUCUUCCUGUCUUCCACUGUGGGAGUGACAGGAAGUCCCGAGCAGGUCAACUAUGCGGCAGGAGGAACGUUCCAAGACGCCUUUGCGCACCACCUCGUCUCCAAGGGUAUCAACGCCGUUUCCAUCGACCUUCCAAUCAUCCGCGGCGUAGGCUACGUCGCAGAGAAGCCAGAACUUUGGGACUACCUCUCGUCUGCAGGAUGGACUCACAUCACCGCGGACGAGCUUUACGCCGUGCUAGACUACCACUGCCGUCCGGUCAGCGCUAGUUCAACCCAGGCAGAGGCGAGGGCGCAAGUCAUCCCCCGCCUCUGGCUGCCGCAGGAGACAGCCGUGGAGGGGUAUCAGACGCAGACGUGGGGAGAGGAUCCCCUGUUCAGCCACCUGCGCUUGACAGAGACAGACGAUGCAGACAAUGGGGACGACGCGAACAAGACAGUCAAUCACAAAGCGAACCUGCAAUGCGCGUCCUCGCUGGAGGAAGCCGAGAACAUUAUUCUCGACGCUUUGCUUCUCAAGAUUGCGCGGAUGCUCAGCAUCGACGCGCUUAACCUCGAGACAUCCAAGCCGCUUCACGCGUACGGUAUCGACUCCCUGACGGCGGUCGAGCUCCGGUCGUGGCUCAUGAAGGAGCUUGGGGCCGAGGUGUCUGUCUUCGAUAUUACGAAUAACUCGAGUAUCGCACAUUUGGCGGUGCUUGCUACGAAGAAGAGUAGUCUCAGGCAGCAAUUUGCUAAUUAG